AUGAAAGUGGUUGUGGUGGUACCCUUGACAAUCUUGGCUGUGGUGGUGGGUCAACAAUCUCCACAUUUUAGAACUGGAUCGAGCUUAGCUGUGGAGAGGGUAACUGGUUGUAUACUAGAGGAGUUUAUUGAAAGCAGGCUUUGCUAUGGAUCAUGCAAGGAAGCUUCCAUGAAAAUGGUUGGCUUCUCUUCCAUCUCCAAGGAGUGUGUUGACCAUGCUAUGCCAAAUUUUAAGUUCUGCGAGGGCUAUGGCCUAUGGCAUGAUAAUCUACUUUUUGAUGAACUUUUGUGUCUUAUGUCGUUGUUUGAUCUCUGA